AGCAGACCUUGAGCCCAAGAGGUCUCUUUUUCUAUGUAAAACCAAAAAAUUCGUAGGGGUUGGGAGAGGAAAAUUCAUUUGUUCUGUGCCACUAAGAAAGUAGAGAGAGAAGGAAGAGAGAGAUAAGGAGAGGCGGUUCAUUUGGUUUUCGAAGAGAAAAAAAGUCGCCUCUGCUCUAUAUAGGAAGAAUAAAUCUCCCCGAUCUCUCUCUCUAUCUCUAUCUCGUCCUCCGCCUUGUAACCGGUUCCCUUUCUUCCCGAACCCAGAUUCGUCAAGCUUCCUUCCGUUACUCAGCAUUUGAAGGCUUAUUCUGCACAAGGGCAUUGUAUUGGUUCUGCUCUACUCAUUCAAUCCAAGGUUCAUGUCUGAGUUUGACAAUCAGAUUCCAUCUGCAUUUGACCCUUUUGCUGAUGCAAAUGCUGAGGACUCUGGUGCGGGUACAAAAGAGUACGUUCAUGUGCGCAUACAGCAGCGAAAUGGGAGGAAAAGCCUGACUACUGUGCAAGGGUUGAAGAAAGAGUUCAGCUACAACAAGAUACUCAAGGACUUGAAGAAGGAGUUCUGCUGUAAUGGUACAGUCGUCCAGGACCCUGAGUUAGGCCAGGUCAUUCAGCUUCAGGGCGAUCAGAGGAAGAACGUCUCCACAUUCCUUGUGCAGGCUGGGAUUGUUAAGAAGGAGAACAUCAAGAUCCAUGGUUUCUAAAAGUUGCAAGAUAAGCGAGAUCUUGUUAUGUACCUAGUAGACUUUCGAGUUGUUUAGAAGGAAAAGGGUGAAGAAUCUCACAUGUGUGGGACAGUUGGGACGGAUUGAAAGUUUGGGGGAUAUAAGUACUGUCUGGAAUUUGUUUGCUUUUUAAGUUUGUGCUGUGUGGCUGUCUUAAAUCGUCAGCAAGUGAAAACUAGUUUUUGGUUGUGGUGGUGUUAUAUGUGUCUUCAGACUUGCUGGAUGUUUUAUGGAGUGCCGUCAUUGCUUACUGAUUGGUUCCCAGAAUAAAAAAUGGUGGUCUCGUAAUCCCUGUCUAGUUUUCCAUUCUAUAUUUAUCACAUCGCCAUGGAUGAGAUGCAAAGAGUCGGUCGCCUCUAAGCUUACUUGGAGGUGGUCAUUUGAUCAAUGGUACUGUACAACUGUCGCUGUAUCGAUUGGUCAAUGUGGUCCGAUCGGGCUUUUAACCCGGUUUUUGCAUCGCUCUCCUUGUUUUGAUAUUUGAUCUUGGAAUGCCACUAGAAAAUAAUUGAUGAUCCUUUUCUUUUUCUGUGCGAUGCCAAACGUGAUUCGCAUCACGUGU